GGCGGUAAUUGGCACGCGGUGGAUGAUAGCCUGGUGCACAUUAAAAACACAUUCUAUUUUAUAAUCUCCCCAGGAAGAGUCUCCUGUCAUGAUGUCCCCCACGCAUUCUAGGAGGCUGAAGUAUCUGUCUCUGGGGGUUCUCGUGUUGCAGACCACCUCGCUGGUGCUCACCAUGCGCUACUCGCGUACUUUGAAAGGAGAUGGCUCCCGCUACCUCUCCUCGUCCGCCGUCGUGUCCGCUGAGGUCAUCAAGAUCAUCAUUUGCACCCUUCUGGUCUUGAUGGAAAAGAAUUUCAGAGUGCGGGCCGUGAACCAGCUCUUGACGGAGGAGAUUUUGAGUAAGCCUCUGGAGACCAUGAAGCUGGCCAUUCCUGCAGGCAUCUACACACUGCAGAACAAUCUACUCUAUGUUGCUUUAUCCAACCUGGACGCAGCCACCUAUCAGGUCACGUACCAGUUGAAGAUUUUGACCACAGCGCUGUUCUCCGUCUCCAUGUUGGGCAAGAGGCUGGUUUCCUAUCAAUGGCUGUCCCUUAUCCUCCUCAUGGCUGGUGUUGCUUUAGUGCAGUGGCCCACGGCAUCUGUCGGCGAUUCAGAGGAAAAGGUUCUCUCCGCCAGCUUCCAGUUUGUAGGUCUGAUGGCUGUGCUGACGGCAUGCAUUUCCAGUGGCUUUGCUGGAGUUUACUUUGAAAAAAUUCUCAAGGAGACGAAGCAGAGUUUGUGGGUUCGUAACAUACAACUGGGUUUGUUCGGGUUUGUGUUUGGUACACUCGGAAUGAUGGUGUAUGACGGCGAGCGAGUGGCACAGUCUGGAAUGUUUCAAGGCUACAACAAGAUCGCUUGCACAGUGGUUGUCUUGCAGGCUUUGGGAGGCUUGGUCAUAGCUUUGGUCAUUAAAUAUGCCGACAACAUUCUGAAAGGGUUCGCCACCUCUCUGUCCAUCAUCGUGUCCACGCUGAUCUCAUAUUUUCUGUUGCAAGACUUCAACCCGACGGGGGUGUUUUUCUCAGGGGCAGCAUUGGUUAUUGCAGCCACAUUUUUGUACGGCUAUGAGCACAAACCUGCCAGCGGCAGCGUUGCAAAAGUAUAAAGGAGAGAAGACCCACUGCCAGCAAAACGCAAACGGAGCAGGACUCUGUGGAUUGCUGUGAAUUGGGGAAAAAAAAAAACUAUUACCGACAAUCUGCAAUGACUCAGAACAGAUAUGCCCUUGCAUCACUGCAACUUUGCCCAAAGAAUGAAAAAAAACAACAGUUGUUGCACAUCCAUACAUACAUUGUGAAAUCAAGACAAUUGUAUAAUAAAGUAAUGUGGUAGACUAUAGAGAUAACAGGACUUGACUGGAUAUUUCAAUUUUAUCUCGAAAAAUCUUGGCUAAGCUUCAUUCCAGUGGAAGAAAAAUGCCUUUGAAAGAUCCAGGCGAAAAAAAAUAUCACAUAUUCACAUAGUUACUAAUUUCCAAAUUAAUGUUUUUGUGUUGGAACAAAUUAAUUCAAGAGCUCGUAAAGUGAAUUCAGAUAUUUAUUUCUCCACUGUAUAAGAACUGCCGGCAUUUUUUUUUUUUUUUGCAUGGCUAUCCAUCCAUCCAUUUUCGGGAAAAAAAAACGCCUUUUACCUGGAUGCCACAAUCUCGAGACCAGCUUGAUCUGUUUCAUUAAAUUAUAAGAAUGUGUUUGCGCCAUUGUCUACUAUUGUGGGAUGAAGCCGAGCCAACUCCCCGACAAUCGUAGUGGCAUCGGGCUUGACAUUGCGGAAGCAGAAAUAGACUUAGGGAGUCCGUACAUGUCAUCUGGGCGAGCAAAGUGUGUUAAAACAGGCGAGCUGCAAGAUCUUCCCUUGCGGAUGAUGUCGUCGGUCACACAAUUGACCGCCGCCUUUCACCCAUAACCGUGUGUCCAUGUGCUUCGACUUGGUGGACUAUAUAGGCGUAAGAAAAACGCUCGAUGCGCGAACAUAUUUGAUCUGAGAGUUGAGAGAAUGGCUUGAUUUUGCACGAUUCUGAAGGCUCGUUCUAUUUACUUACUGCAUUUAUUUUAUUUAUUUUUUAUUGAUUAAAAUGUUACAGGCUUGCUGACAACA